UCACUCCAUCCUCUCUCACACUCACACCUUCCCCAAAAAGCUCAGUUUCUCUCUGAAAUCAUGCCAAUGGAGGAACUCUGCAAAAACCCCAUUAAAGCUGAUGCGGUGAAAAUGACGUUUUUGGUACUUGUUUUGGCGGCGGCGUUGAUGGGAGAAGUUGAGGGAAGAAAGGCGAGGAUUUUAGAGGACAAUGGGAUUGAAUAUGGCGCCAUUAGUUGCAGAGCUCACACUGCUUCAAUAACGGAGUUCGGCGGUGUUGGCGACGGCGAAACGUCGAAUACAAAGGCGUUUCAGGCGGCCGUGGAGCGGCUGAGCCAGUACGCCGGGGACGGCGGCGCUCAGCUGUAUGUGCCGGCGGGGAGGUGGCUCACUGGCAGCUUCAACCUUACUAGUCAUUUCACUCUGUUUCUUCAUCAGGAUGCUGUUCUUCUCGCUUCUCAGGAUCCGAACGAAUGGCCGGUGGUCGAACCGUUGCCAUCCUACGGUCAUGGAAGGGACACAUCAGGGGGACGGUACAUCAGUUUAAUAUUUGGAACAAAUCUCACUGAUGUUGUCAUCACAGGAAACAAUGGCACCAUUGAUGGUCAAGGUGAUCGCUGGUGGCAGCUGUUUCAUCAGAAUAAGCUUAAGUACACCCGACCAUACUUGAUCGAGAUCAUGUAUUCCAGCAACAUACAGAUAUCGAAUCUGACCCUGCUGAAUUCUCCAGCUUGGAAUGUUCAUCCUGUUUACAGCAGCAAUGUUCUUAUUCAAGGGAUCACGAUUAUCGCUCCCGUUCGAUCCCCGAAUACCGAUGGCAUCAACCCCGAUUCCUGCACAAAUGUUAGAAUUGAGGAUUGUUACAUAAUAUCUGGAGACGAUUGUGUAGCUGUCAAGAGCGGCUGGGACGAGUAUGGCAUAAGAUUUGGAUGGCCAACUAAGCAAUUGGUAAUCAGAAGGCUCACGUGCGUUUCCCCGACAAGUGCUGUCAUUGCACUGGGGAGUGAGAUGUCGGGUGGAAUCGAAGAUGUCCGAGCAGAAGACAUAGUAGCCGUUGAUUCUGAAUCUGGGGUCAGGAUCAAAACAGGCAUAGGAAGGGGAGGAUAUGUAAAAGACAUAUAUGUAAGGAGGAUGACAAUGCAUACCAUGAAAUGGGCGUUUUGGAUGACUGGCGAUUACGGGUCACAUGCCGAUGAGAAUUACGAUCCCCACGCAUUGCCUGUAAUACAAGGAAUCAACUACAGGGACAUGGUCGUUGAAAACGCCACAAUGGCAGCAAGAUUGGAGGGAAUUUCAGGUGACACAUUUACAGGUAUCUGCAUUUCCAAUGUGACAAUCAGCUUGGCAGCAAAGGCCAAGAAACAGCCAUGGACUUGCACUGAUGUGGAGGGAACUACGAGCAAUGUUACACCUCCACCGUGCAGUCUGUUACCUGAUCAGGGGGCCGAGAAGUUUACAACAUGCAGAUUUCCAGAGGAAAAUAUACCAAUUGAUGCAGUGGAGUUGAAAAAAUGCUCAUAUCAACUCAGUCAUGCUUGAAGAUUUCUUGCUGUGAACAACAAAAGCUAUAUUCAAGUCAGUAUAUUGUUACUGUAAGAAUUAAAAUCUAUCUAAAAGUAUUCAGUAUGUUGUGUAUUUCAGCUUUCCAGCACAGUUCAAAUUAAUACAGUAGAAUGUACACCCCCAUUAAAUGCCAUCAUAAUUGACAUGUA